CUGAAACACACCUGACUGACUGGUAUGAAGUGAUAAUAACAGGUAGUCAGGUAAAUAACACCUCCUCUCUGACACAGAGCUGUAUCUCAUACAGGUGGUUAUUCUUCAGUCUUCACAACAGACAAAGACAACGAGACAGUCAAUAUGAAGUUGCUGCUUGUUGUUGCUGCUGUUCUGGCUGUAUCCAGCUGUGCCACCAUCUCUCUGGAAGAUCUGGAGUUUCAUGCCUGGAGGCUCAAGUUUGGAAAAUCCUACGACUCUCCAUCAGAGGAGAGUCACCGGAAGCAGAUCUGGCUCACCAACCGCAAACAUGUGCUAAUGCACAACAUCUUGGCCGAUCAGGGCUUCAAAUCCUACCGCCUUGGUAUGACCUACUUUGCUGACAUGGAAAAUGAAGAGUAUAAAAAGCUGAUUUCCCGGGGCUGCCUUGGCUCCUUCAAUGCUUCUCUGCCUCGCCGUGGUUCUACCUUCCUUCGCCUGCCUGAAGGUAUUGAUCUGCCCGACACUGUUGACUGGAGGGAUAAGGGAUAUGUCACUGGUGUCAAGGAUCAGAUGCAGUGUGGCUCCUGCUGGGCCUUCAGUGCAACUGGUGCACUGGAGGGACAGCACUUCAGGAAGACAGGUAUACUGGUGUCUCUGAGUGAGCAGCAGUUGGUCGACUGCUCUGGCGCUUAUGGAAACGAGGGCUGCAAUGGAGGCUGGAUGGACUCUGCUUUCCGGUACAUCGAAGCCAAUGGAGGAAUUGACACUGAGGCAUCCUACCCUUAUGAGGCUGAGGACUGGUUAUGUCGCUACAACCCUGCAAGUGUUGGAGCCACGUGCAGCGGCUAUGUUGAUGUGAAUAAAUAUGAUGAAGAAGCCCUGAAGGAGGCUGUGGCCACCAUCGGACCGGUUUCUGUAGCCAUUGAUGCUUCCCAUGCAUCCUUCCAGUUCUAUACAUCAGGAGUGUAUGAUGAACCUGGGUGCAGCAGCAUAGAAUUGGACCAUGGUGUGCUGGCUGUGGGUUAUGGUACUGAGAAUGGACAUGACUACUGGCUGGUCAAGAACAGCUGGGGUCUUGGAUGGGGAGAGAAGGGAUACAUUAAGAUGAGCAGGAACAAACACAACCAGUGUGGGAUUGCUAGUGCAGCAAGCUACCCUCUGGUCUGAAGAGGUGGAAACAAACUCAGCUACAUUUGUUUUUCCAUUUGAACAAAAUGUACACAUGUUAAUCUUAAACAUUUGUUUACUUAAACAUUUAAGAUUUAUCCAAUUCAGGUUAGUUUUAGUUUAGGAUUUUCCUCAAUGUGGUCGAAAUGUAUAAUUAUACGUACAAAAAGAAAAUAAAAGUUGUGUUGGAAAUACAUUUUCUUCUGGUGUUUAACUGAAUCACCUUUAUAUAUGCAGGUAACAAACACAUGUAAAGAAAUAAAAUUUCACACUGAGA